AAACGCAUCCAUCCAUUCGAUAUCGAGAGCGAUACCAAACAAUCACUGCCGCCGGUGGUAAAUUAAAUUUCGUUUGAAAGUUGUCGGUGUUUUCUGUGGAGCUGCUGUUGAUGUUGAUGUUCUUACGCGAUUAGUGCGGAAAUGAGCGCCAGGUGGAUAACAGCGAUGAACUACAACUUUACUUAUCAUAUUCCAAAAUUUACUAAGUUUAGCUACUAGUAUUUGUGGGAACGUGCGCUAGAUGUAGAGCGUUCAUUGAACCUCAUGUUCGGGCCGUGCUUUAGCAUUCAAUACUUGUCACAUUUGUCUCGCUUUAAAUGUUGUGAAGUAGCCGGACAGCAAAUUCCAGACCGGUGCAUUUGGUGGUGAUCGCCUGAUCCGUAUAAAUCUAUAUGGCCGUUGUUUUUAUCCGGAAAUAAAUAAGUGAGUAGUGAAUAAUAGCCUGGGGGUGCCCUCGAUCGUCUUCUGUGGGGUACCUAAAGUUAUGGACUCAACAGGAGGAAUGGGAAGCAUGCCUGGCAAUGCUGGGGUUCCGCCAGGACAACCUCCUCCGGCAGGACCUCCCGGUGGUGGCAGUGGAGCUGCCUUGGCUGCACCCACGUCCGCGGAUGCCUGUUUAUCGAUCGUACACAGCCUUAUGUGCCAUCGACAGGGUGGAGAAAGUGAAUCGUUCGCAAAAAGGGCUAUUGAGUCACUUGUGAAAAAACUUAAGGAGAAACGAGAUGAGCUUGACUCGCUGAUCGCAGCAAUAACUACAAAUGGAGCACAUCCCUCCAAGUGCGUUACGAUACAACGAACCCUUGACGGAAGACUGCAGGUCGCAGGACGAAAAGGAUUCCCUCAUGCCGUGUACGCUCGAAUAUGGCGUUGGCCUGAUCUACACAAAAAUGAACUCAAACACCUGAAAUGCUGUCAGUACGCUUUUGACCUAAAAGCUGACUGGGUGUGCGUUAAUCCUUACCAUUAUGAAAGGCAGGUUUCAGCUGGUCUGGACCUCUCUUCGUUGUCACUACAAGCAUCAUCAGCAGGUCCAUCAGAGUCGGCCGUUUUAGGACAUGGCGGACAUCAUGACGAGGAACUGGUGAAGAACGAGUGGGACAUGGGGGUGCCAGGCGGAUACAUGUCUGGGCAGAGUGGACGGCAACAGCAACCCCAACAAAAUCCAUUCUACGUUCAGUCUGGCCGUCCAGGUUCCUCAACAUCUAGCCACAGUAGUUGGGGUACUUCGCAAGGCACACCUUCCAGCGGCAGUACAUUACAGUAUACAAGCGGAGAUCAACUGGGUCAGGCAGCGUCUCAACAACAACAACAUCAACCAACUCAUUACUGGCAUCAGCAGACCGGUCAAACUACUCCGACCGUUCUCUUGAGUUCGCAACCCCCGCCUGAGUUCUGGUGCAGCAUCGCGUACUUUGAGCUAGACCAACAGGUCGGCGAAACUUUCAAAACCCCAUCAUCAUCUCGGCAUGUUCUUGUCGACGGUUUUGUUGACCCUUCCGGAGGAUCGAGGUUCUGUCUCGGGGCCCUGUCCAAUGUUCAUCGAACUGAAGCAUCCGAACGUGCUCGAAUUCAUAUUGGCAAAGGAGUUCAACUUGAUGUGAAAGGAGAGGGUGACGUCUUCUUGAGGUGUCUGUCAGAACAUUCGGUGUUCGUACAAAGCUUUUUCCUCGAUCGGGAGGCUGGACGCCAGCCGGGCGAUGCCGUCCAUAAAAUUUAUCCUGGAGCCUGCAUUAAGGUAUUUGAUCUUGCGCAAUGUCACACGCAGAUGCGAUGCAAGGCACAAAGCGCUCAGGCAGCGGCGGCAGCGCAAGCGGCCGCAGUUGUUGGCCAUAUAGGAGGAACUGGAGCGUCAGGUGCAGUUGGAACUGGCCUAACCCCAGCCAUUUCACUGUCAGCUGCUGUUGGCGUCGGCGUUGAUGACCUUCGACGUCUCUGCAUCCUUCGACUGAGCUUUGUUAAAGGCUGGGGGCCCGACUAUCCUCGUUCGUCAAUCAAAGAAACACCUUGUUGGCUUGAGAUACAUCUUCAUAGGGCAUUACAGCUGCUUGACGAAGUCCUUCACAGUAUUCCUCAGCAGCAGCCUCCGCCGCCACCACCAACCCAAUCGUCCGUUGAAUAAACGAAGUCAUUAAACAAAAACGGGUUAUAAUACAACUAAGGGCAAUAGUAGUAUUAUUAUUAAACUGUGAAAUAUAAUUAGUGAACAAGAGGACUAGACGACAGUAAAAAGCGCUAAAGUACAAAUUCAUUACUGUAACAUGUAAUGUCCUGUAACAUCUGUAGGGCUUAUUUUGUUAGGUUUUAUUCAAGAAAGCUUCUAGAGAGUUUCAUGCUGGUAUAUGCAAAUGUAUGCCCCAACUUUUGGGUUUAUAUCUUACUUUAAUUGAGCUUCUAAGUGUAAUAAAUUGCAAAUAGUUCAUAAUACUGCCCAGGUGAGCUGAUCAACCGUUUUGAGCUUAAAGACCAGUCAACGCCAUGCCUUUUACAUACGUCAAAGUGCUUCUGUUUCAGCUUUUUCUACGGUUUUACAUCAAUAUAAAUAUAAUUACAGUAUCUGCAAAGAAAACAUUUAAAUAAUGGGAAAAGUGUUUCAAGAAGCUAAGUAUUGUACUUUUGGUACUGUUGUGAAUUCUACUUUUUAGAAAAUGCUGGGAUCUAUGGGAGAUAUAGUGGGAACCGAAAAUACAUGCAUGGUUGAGUCUCAUGUUAUGUUGAUUAUAUCGGAUCAAGUAUAUCGGAAUCGGAUCAAGUAUUUAACAUAAUGACAUCCUGCGAGCAGCAAAGGAUGCUUUCAAAAGUGGUAGACUUGUUCAUUUAAUCUCCAGUACUACUCUGGUAUGCAUAUCAUAAAAAUCAGACAUCGAUAUAAAAUAUAAUUAUUGAUAGGCUUUUGUCCAACUCAAGUAUCGAAAAUUAACUUAUUUUACGAUAAAAUAACAAUAUAUUCAUUAUGAAAAACAAUCAGAAUAGGAUAUAUUUUCAUCAAUUCAAAAAACUGGUUGUGCUGUUAGCAGCAAUGCCAUUCUAUGCUAUUAAAAUUAUUUCGACACGUUUUUAUUUUGAUGAUUGUUAUCACCAGCCUUCUUAUUUAAGAGUAUGUUUAAAUUAUUUAAAAUUUUCAUAUAACUAUCAAAUGUACUCUUGUGAUGUUAAAUAUAAGAAGUGGAACAAAUAGGGCAAUUUUGUUCUCGAUCCACUAAAAACAUAUAGUGAACAUAUAGAUAUACCCACACACAUACUUGCAUGCCUUACAAAAUUAAUUGUUAAUUACUGUGUAUAGGAAAUGUAUCAAUAAACUGUAGAAUUUCGGAACUGAAAAUUUUAGCCUGUCCAUUGUGACAAUCAAGCUUAGAUAUAUAUGCUUAUUACACAAGCUGUGUUGCUGAUAGGAAAAACAGCCGUAUUGACGGCACCAGUAGCAAAAUACUGCUCAAAUAUGAACCCUCUAAUGAUCGUCUGCGACUCUGGACAAGGGCUGAUUAACUGAAGUCGUCGCAAUUUGCAUAGUAUAUCUAUUUUCAUUUAUAGAGGAAAUAAUGUGGUCGUAUGAUGUGCUGUUAUACGUAAUACUUCAACAUUAAUAUAUGUAUACGGAAAACGGAAGGAAACUUAAGAUUGUGCAGAGCAUGCUAUGGUUUCGCCAUGUUCACCGUUUACGUGGUGUUAUAGAUACGUACGGAGAAUAUACUAUGUAUAAUCUUGUAUUUAGCUACUCUUUUUCACGUUUAGAAUCUUACUUAACGAUGUUCCAGUUUAGUGUCAUUUAUUAUAAUAAAAUAAAUAAAUAAAGAAUUAGUGCAUUCUUUUCUAGAUACUAAUUCCUCUAGUACGGUAUAUAUACAGUGUAGACUCUCGGAGUGAAAAAAAAACAUCCAACAUAUUUUUUUCACAAAUAGCAACAACAGCGGUCUAUUUUACCACUUUGCGGUUGACAUUUUCAUAUUUUUAUUUUCGUAGCUUUACAGCCGUAGUUUUCGUAGUUUUUUUUUCUU